AUGGUCGCGGAGCCCUCCCAUGCGGAGGAACCCGAGGGCCUCGUUGAGGAACAAGAGAGUCCUGCUUCUCCUACCACAACUGAUAAAUCCAUUCGCAUCGAUGCACAUGAGGCUGCAUCUGGCCGGCUGCCUGGGCACAAGGAUGGAAAGGAUUAUCGUGGGUUUUCUCGUCUUCCUUCUUCUGUCAUGCGGUCGAGGUCUACGGGGGAACAUGAGCAGCAACAACAGGUUAAGGAUGCGCAUUCGCAUCCACCAGCGAGUGAGGGGGAACAUGAGCAGCAACAACAGGUUAAGGAUGCGCAUUCGCAUCCACCAGCGAGUGAGGAGGAGGCCUCUCCUUUGCCUUCAGUAUCCACCGUUACUCCUCCGCCUUCUGAAGACCCGCUGUCCCUUCACGACGCCUGGGGCUUGCCAAUGCUUGAUCACUUUGAGAGGACGCUCCCUCCAGGUGUGAAACAAGGAAAAGACGCAAUUGCAGAAUGGCUUGCAAAGGGCCACACGGGCGACGAGGAGUUGGUCGGCAUGAACCUGCUCUUGAGAAAUGUGAUGCCAUUACACUGGGUGGAAGGUGAUGGGCCUCAACAACGGCUUGUUCACAUAAAUAAGCUACUUGGCGGAGGUGGGACAGCCAUAGUGGUGGAAGCUGAGGACAUGGCUACCCAUGAGGUGUUUGCGAUGCGCAUUACCCGGGUGCAUGUAAAAGUUGGACAGGUUUUUGACAACGAUGCGGAUUUUUUGCUGACCGUACAGAGGGAGCUUGUCUUGGGGGAGGAGCUAGCGAGGAUAUUAUGCGCCACCACUCUAGCAAGUAAUGGAGAGGUUAUAUGGUUGUGUUAUUGA